CAGAAAAAGAUGGCUAAUGGAAAAUGGCAUAUGAUUCAGUCAUGAGUAAGUAAUGCAAAAAUUGUAGUCUUCUUGGACUAUUCGCAUGAAAUAAUGAGUUGGAUAUUAGUUGCAAGUGGAUAAUGACAUCACCUAAAAAAGGCUGCUGUGUGAGAAGCCUUAUUAAAGCCCAUUGUUAUAUAGAAAAGAGAGAAAGAAAGCCCCAGGCCCAGGCCCACUGAUUAUUGAUCCAAAAGAAAGAAAGAGCUUGAAAACCACUCUUUCAUAAAUCCAUCCCAAUGACAUUCUCCAGUCCACCCCAUCUCUUGUUCCUUCUAAGAACCUCCUUCAAAAUCAGAGUCUCGAUAUUCACCUCUACUUGCUACUACUUAGCGCCUAUCCCUCCUGCAUUAACUUCCUAUUCCUCUCAAUUCUCAAUGUCCUUCCCCUACUAAUCACUUUUCAUCAGCAUUUAGGAGCUAUUUUCCAGUGGCAAUGGAGGCGUCGGAAUCAACCAACGUUGAGAGCAAAAUCUUGAGUGUGGGCCUUCUGCUGAUGGCCACUCUCGUCGCCGCGAAACUGAUAUCUGCUUUGAUAAUGCCCAGAUCCAGAAAGCGGUUGCCGCCCAUCGUGAGUGCCUGGCCGGUGUUCGGCGGUUUAAUCCGAUUCAUGAAUGGGCCGGUGGUGAUGCUUAGGGAGGAGUACCCUAAGCUUGGGAGUGUGUUCACUCUGAAAUUGCUCAAUAAGAACAUCACUUUCUUGAUUGGUCCGGAGGUUUCGGCCCAUUUCUUCAAGGCCCCCGAAUCUGAUCUCAGCCAACAAGAGGUUUACCAAUUCAACGUGCCUACAUUUGGGCCUGGGGUGGUGUUUGAUGUGGACUAUUCCAUUAGGCAGGAGCAAUUCAGGUUUUUCACUGAGGCACUUAGGGUCAGUAAGCUCAAAGGUUAUGUUGAUCAGAUGGUUAUGGAAGCCGAGGAUUAUUUCUCAAAAUGGGGAGAUAGUGGUGAAGUAGACCUAAAGUAUGAGUUGGAACAUCUAAUCAUACUGACAGCCAGUAGAUGCUUGUUAGGUGAAGAGGUCCGCAAUAAGCUCUUUGACGAUGUUUCCGCUCUCUUCCAUGACCUUGAUAAUGGAAUGCUUCCUAUCAGUGUUAUUUUUCCUUACCUCCCAAUCCCUGCACACAGGCGUCGUGACCAAGCUCGCAAGAAACUUGCCGAGAUCUUUGCAAACAUCAUAGCUUCUCGCAAACAAACGGGCAAGACACAGAAUGACUUGCUACAGUGCUUCAUAGAUUCUAAGUACAAAGAUGGUCGACCAACGACUCAGGAGGAAGUCACUGGCCUGCUCAUUGCUGCUCUCUUUGCUGGCCAGCACACAAGUUCCAUUACUUCCACGUGGUCUGGUGCAUACCUCCUCCGCAACCCGAAAUACAUGUCGGCAGUUUUGGAUGAGCAGAAGAAUUUGAUGCAAAAGCAUGGAAAUAAGAUUGAUUAUGACAUUUUGUCUGAGAUGGAAGCUCUCUAUCGAUGCAUAAAAGAAGCGCUGAGGCUCCACCCUCCAUUGAUAAUGCUUCUUCGAAGCUCACACAGCGAUUUUAGUGUGAAGACAAGGGAAGGAAUAGAAUACGACAUUCCCAAGGGGCAUAUUGUGGCCACAUCACCUGCCUUUGCAAAUCGACUCCCACAUAUUUAUAAAGAUCCGGACACCUAUGACCCUGAUAGGUUUGCUCCCGGGAGAGAUGAGGAUAAGGCAGCCGGAGCUUUCUCCUACAUAUCUUUUGGUGGUGGGAGACAUGGUUGUCUAGGGGAGCCAUUUGCUUAUCUACAAAUCAAAGCGAUAUGGAGCCAUUUGCUCAGAAACUUUGAGAUGGAACUUAUUUCGCCUUUUCCAGAGAUUGACUGGAAUGCCAUGGUUGUGGGUGUGAAAGGAAAGGUGAUGGUGCGGUACAAACGCAGAGCAGUUCCCCUUAACUAAUUGGCAUUGGAAACGAUCCUAGCGUUCGAAUGACAUGUUUAGCUUAAGCAUAUGGUGCAGGUCAUUUCAAGUGUUGAAUUAAUCAGACCCUGCUCCUUUGUUAUUUUCCCCCGGUAUAAGUUUUCUAUUUGCUGUUGUGCUCAAGCCUAUUGCAGUUUGUCAAGGAAUUCUGAGGAUGUGUAGUUUCCACAUAUGUUGUUCUCAUUUCAUCAAUUAAUCUUCUUCCAAGCUCUCA